CACGGUCGUUUUCGUCGUUUUCAUCAGAAAUAUACAUAACCGGUAUUAACUAUUAUGGACCUAGUGAGUGGCUUAUCUAUUGGAAUGUGUGCUUAAUUUGGCGGAAUAGGACCUCAGCUGAUAUACUCAGAUAUCGAGCGGGUGUUUGUGGAUGCGUGGCGCACUCUGUCGGGGUACAGCGGCGUGAGGUCGCGAGACGCGCGGGGCGGGGGCUGCCUCCCCCCUUCUUCAGUUACUUCUGCGAUUUCGUGGGGAGAGGACGUUGCUGUGCGUGUCGCCGUUACAAGCGUUUCGCGGCAACUUUGAACAGUGACAGUGCACGGUGUGAAUCGUGAUAGAGAAAUGUGUGACGGAUUGCGGUGCUCAACAAAUUGGAUGCAGUGAUCGGAUCACAAUAAUUUGGAUUGCAGUGUUACUUUUUUGGAUUUUGAUACUAUUUUGUGCCGCCUUCCAAACUGGGGAUGCAUAAGAUGGAACUCGGCGACAGCGUCUACGCGGCUGAGCGGAUUAUGAAGAAAAGAAUUAGAAAGAGCAAAGUGGAGUACUACGUGAAAUGGAAAGGCUGGAAGCCGAAACACAACACUUGGGAGCCGGAGGAGAACAUUCUCGACCCGCGGCUCAUUCAGAGCUUCGAAAAAGGCGAGGAAAUAAGAAGACAGGGGCGCAAGAGGGAACGAGACCACUCGCCCGUCGAGCGAGCGCGCAGCGGCUCCGAGGAGCGUCAUCCCGCGCCCGGGAAACGCAAGGCAGAAGUGCUAUCGAGGGAAUCGGGCAAGAUAGGCGUCACGAUUACAAUGAGUCCGCCAGCCAAGCGACACGACUCCACAAAAGUGAACGGUGGAAGAACGCAUGCCCAACCCCCACCACCGGCAGCGCCCCCGGGUGGUGCCCCAGUGCCAGCUUCCCCUGCAGCCGAAGCCGCCGCACCGAGAACGGGACCUAGACGAGCCCCGCAUUCCCCGGAGGAAGCAGACGCCCAUACUCCUCCGGAAAGAGAAAGGCGAACCGAUUCUCAACCUACAGCAACAGCGCCCGCCGAACCGAAAGGUGCACGGCCCCCACCACCUGCCCCACCAGCCGAAGAUGAAGACUCUUGGGGUGAGGCACCCAUCGCCACUCCGAACCCACCUCCUCCCCCUCCCCGACGAGGGGCAGCAUACUGGAUGGCGCGAUCACCGGUCGCUGACCAAAUCUUCAUAACAGACGUCACAGUUAACCUCCAAACAGUCACCAUCAGAGAGUGUCGCACUGAAAAGGGAUUCUUCAGAGCGCGUGAGCACCGACCGCUUGACAUAACGUAAAUUAUAGUUUCGAAUUCUCGUACAAAUUUUUAUCAUAGACAUUGUACAGGCGUAGGUAGCUAGUAUUUAUUUAGUUGUUACAUGAGCUGUUGAUGCGUAGACUUACCGUCGAAGUGAGACCGAUUCCUUACCUUUUGUGUGCCUAAAUAAGGAUCAGAAAAACGGACGAUUGAUGCGAAAAGUUUGGACUUUCCACAGUAAACUCAAGGCGAUACGACCACCAAUUUGUAAACAAAUAGACAAACUAUUGUCAAUUGUUAAAAAUAUAAUGUCUAUUAUUUGUUAAAUUAUUGAUAAUAAUGAUAUUGACUGACUGGUUAUUGUACCUCCCAGUACAUCUACUACUUUAUGAAUGUACAAUAGUUUAAUGGCUCUACUGCUUUCAUAUAAUUGACUUUUAUAAGAUAUGUUAUAAUAAUUAUGACUAAUAUCAGCUUAAUUUCUAAUUUAUUAUCACAAUAGCAACUCUUCAAACAGUAACACAUCAAAAUUCUUUAAAUAUCAUAUUUGUUUCAUACCGACUGUAGUAUAUUUGAUGUCAAUCCUUCUAAAAUUGAUAUUUUGAAAUUAUUAAACGAAUCUCUAGUGAUUUUUGUUGAGAGUAAAUUUAGGGAACUGUAAAUAAAUAAUAAUUAAUUAUUAUUGUACCUUAUAUUAUGUUUAUUCCGUAUAGAACCUUGUUUUAUUUUUGUUGUUGUUAUUUAUGUGAACUACAUUUUAAUGUUCCAAUUACACCUUGUGAUGUAUUUUUAGGUUAUUUAUAUUGUGAAAAUUGUCAAUGAUCCUGAUGUAAAUGGUUUAAAUUAAUUCAGCGACAAUAUUUUUAAUUUCUAGGACAUAAUAUUAUGACAGAGUGAAAAUCCUUUUAAUUUAACUAUGAUAAAAAAUACAGAAUAAUUGUUGGUUUAUAAAAUGAACUAAUUGUUUUGUUUGUAUAUAGGAAUUAUUUUAGCGAAAUAUUUGUUUUAGGGUUACCAUAAUUUAAGAUGUCAAUCCAACAAAACUUUAAUGGGUGAAAUCAUGCGAUGAAUCUAUUAAAAAUAAUUUGGUAACCACUUACAAAUAUUAUCGAUGAAUAAAAGAAUGUGUUCUUUAAUUUCUAUUGUUAUAUCUACCUAUUAUUUGGUUCCUCUUAUUUAGUAACAAGUGGAGGCGUGAACUCUUAUUUUUAAGUUUUUAAUUUAUGUACGUUAAGUAAAACAAUUUUAUUGAGUCUAUGAUAUAGAUGUCUGUAUCAAACUUCGCAGGUGGCCUACAAUUCUUUACUUAUGCUAUUAUUUUAUAUCCACUAUUGUUUUAAAAAUAAAAAAUAACCACUCAAAAUAUUACGAAAACGCAUUUAACGCUGUAUUCAAAGUUCAAAGCAUAAAAAAAUUAUAUAUACAUACCUACCUAAUAUUUAUUUAUUGAAUAUUACUGUAUGAGUUUGUGAUUAGAAGUUAUGAAAUUGUUUUAUUUUAGGUAUUUAUGAGUUGAAUAGUGCAUUUCUAUAGUGACAUGUAAAUAGUGUAAAUAUUUUAUGAUAAUAAAGCACUCGUUUUAUAAUGUGAUAGGCCUCACACAUUGUAGUCUGUAAAUAAAUGAGAAUGAAUUAGAUAA